AUGGCCAGAGGCAAAACACUGUAUUCACUAGCUGUCGUUAUACUGGGUUUUAUGUGCUUCGUUGUUGGGGCAGUAGCUGUUGGACUACCUAAUUGGGGUUACUUUUAUAGUUAUGAUUCUGACAUAGCACUCUCCCUGCAGUCUUAUUAUUUGGAAAACCCUAACUUCGACAACGGCUACUUUGGGCCAUGGCGUGUUUGCAAGAAGCUUCUGUACAACAGAGAGAAAUGCGGGACGGACGUGUCCAAGUUCCGGCCGACGACGGCCGUAUACCUAGCGGGUGUGGUUGGGGCGAUAGGAGUGUCUGUCCUAGGCGUGUUCUGUAUCCUGUCCGUGCUACAACUCGCCAUGAUCUCAUCGAAGGAGAAGGUCGGAUUCAAGUACACGCAUCUUGUGAUGAUGAAGCUGGCGCUAGCGUUGUUAGCGACUUUACUCUCAAUAGCUGCGGCCGGCCUUUUCGCUGUUCAAGGCGAUGACAGAGGUUUCUUUCUCACGAGAGGGGAAGCUUUUUAUGUACAGAUAGUGUGCAUCGUUAUAAAUUCAAUACUAUUUAUUAUGUCUGUUUACGACACUUUAUUCUCACGACGGGAAGGCGGCGACCCGACCAAUCCACUGGGCGAACCACACGCAACCACCAUCAAUAACCCGGGAUUUAAGGAAGGCAGAGGCAUAUCAAUGACAGAUGCAUCUGGCAAACCAUACACUACGAACGGCCACGGCAGCGUCGCGUCUAUGAACACUACAGCUACGACCCUCACGGGGCUUUCAGACGCCAGCACCAUCACGAGAUCCCCUCUCAGGUCUUCCCUUAAGAAACCGAGACCCAGGGAAGGGGAACCGGGUGGCAUGGGCAUUCAGAACCCAGGGUAUUCAGGUAACUCGCCACCCCUCAAUCGGAACGGAAGCCAGAAAAAAGUGAGAAUACAGACACACAGUACCGAAGUAUGA